AUGCCUCGAUACUUAACAAUCCUGCGCCUAGUCAGUCUUCUGACUAUCACCAAUCCUAUAUCUGCGACCAAAUACGGUUAUAUAGAGUCAAAGGAAUGUGUGGACCCAUCAGGCUAUGAACUAUGCUACAAAUCUAGAGACGAUGAACGCAACGUCUGCAUCAACAAAAAUUGUGAAGGUCAGAACAUUGACUGCCUCAACGCUUGUGACUGCGUAUUCAACGUGGACGUCAUCGACUGCGCCCUGACGCAUUGUUGGAACAAGGUGUACAGUUGCGAAUACCAAAACACAGUGCUUGAACUGGGUGGCCCCUGCAUCGAUGAGAAGUUCAAAGAUAUUCCCUUCUUCCCAGCACCCGACGAUGUUCCAGACGCUUGCUCAUGCAACCUCGGCAAGAUCGCUACGUCUCUAAAUCGUGCUGUGGAUGAAUUGGACACAUGUAUCGAGAGGAACCAGGAGAUAUGGGAUUCACUCUCUAUUGAUGAACAGGGGAACUUACUCAUCUCGCAAGAUGAAGAUUACCCUCAAUGUGGCGAUUACAACGACGCCUACAACUGCGCGAAUGAUCUCAAGUUCACACCACCAGGCAAAGACAAUUCAGCAAAGUUUUAUGCCCCCGGAGAGUUUCCCAAGAAUGGAACCAAAACAAUGUCGAAUAUGGAUGGCAGUAUCACUAGUCCUCUGAGUGGCGCUACGUUUACAUGGACAAAUGGCAACAUUGUACAUCCCAUCACCGGGGCGAGUGUGGAUGCAAAGCCAACCGAUAACUCGAAAAACAACGAAAACAAGACUGAUGAUACAGAGGAGAUAGGAAAGGAGGAUGAAGAGGAGACAGGAGAGGAGGAUGAAGAGGGCGCGGGCUCGGCUAUAACCCCUCAUUUGUGGGUUCUUGUCUGUCUAGUCCUUGUCUUGUUACCUUGA